AUGGACAACAGGACACUCGAUUUUGAGACCCAGUUGCUCGACAACUUCGAGGCAGUCUCAGAAAUAGUCGCCAGUGCAGGUACUACCAGCCGGGUGGAGCUUUGUUGGUAUUAUGCUACCCUUAUGUUUAGACGAUUCGGGCACAUGGCUAGGAUUCGAGAUCUCGAAGAAGCAAUUGAAAAGGGGAAAUGGGCACUCCAAGGAACAAGUCCAGAGCAUCAAAGCUAUGCAAAUAGACUUUACAUUUUUGGUAUUAUGCUUCAUACACGAUACGAACAAACAGGGAGGACUGGGGAUUUGGAAGAGGCUAUCCGAAUAUCCUAUCAGGCAGUUCAGAUCACACCUGAAGGUCAUCCGAACUUCGUGGUUUUAUUGAGCUUCUUGGGAAACAGCCUUGGAAGUCGGUAUGAACUGAAACACGAUACAGAGGACCUGGAAAAUGCGAUCCGAACUUCUCGUCAGGUGAUUGAGAUGACACCUAGAAGCUCUCUUCAUUUUGCGGCGUGGUUGAACAAUUUAGCAAUCAACCUUCUAAGAAAAUUCGAUCGACUGAAUAAUAUCGCAGAUUUGGAAGAAGCAAUCCACCUCUCUCGUCAGUCUGUUCAGAUCACGCCAAAGAACCACCCAGACCUCUCUUCUCGGUUGAAUAAUUUGGGAAUCAACCUCUCAAGGAAAUAUGAACGUCUAGGAAAUCUAGAUGAUCUUAAAGAAGCGAUUCAAUUCUCUCGCCAGGCAGUUCACGUUACACCUAAAGACCAUCCUGAUAUUGCUACUUGGUUGAUCGACUUAGGAAAUAAGCUGAUAAGACAACACCAUGUCCGACAACACUGUGUUGAAAAGAUUGAGGAUCUUGAAGAGGCAAUUCAACUAUAUCGUCAGGCAGUAGAAAUUAUGCCAGACCACCAUCCUAAACUCGCUGCCUUGUUGAACAAUUUAGGCAUCGGGCUUCAGAGCCAAUUUCAGAACACCGGAAAAAUAGAAGAACUUGAAGAAGCGAUUCAAAUCUCUCGUCGCGCAGUUCAGAUUACGCCUCAAGGCCAUCCCGAUCUAGCUACUCGGCUCAGCAAUUUAGGAUUACGGCUCACGACGAGGUACGAACGCCUAGCAAAGAUAGAGGAUCUUGAAGAGGCGAUAGAUUUCUCUUAUCAGUCAAUUCGGACCAUGCCCCAACACCAUCCUGAUCUUGCGGCUCGGUUAAGUUAUCUAGGGACACAGCUCACAAAGAGAUAUAAACGCGUCGGUAAGAAAGAUGAUCUAGAAGAGGCAAUCAGUCUCUCUCGUCAGUCAAUUCAGAAUACGCCUCAUGAUCAUCCCAAUAUUCCUUCUCGGUUCUAUACUCUAGCAACUAGCCUAAUGGCAAGAUAUGAGAACCAAGGAAAGAUAGAGGAUCUUGAAGAGGCGAUACACCUCUCUUAUCAGUCAACUCGGACCAUACCUCAACAUCACCCUGAUCUUGCGACUUAUUUUGAUGGUCUAGGGACACAGCUUGCUCGGAGACAUGAACGCCUAGGGAAGAUAGAAGAUCUAGAAGAGGCAAUCAGUCUCUCUCGUCAGUCAAUUCAGACUACCCCUCAUGAUCACCCUGAUCUGCCUGCUCGGUUACAAAACCUGGCGGGUAUGCUACGAGGUCAAUAUGAUUACACGGCAAAGACUGACCAGCUAGAAGAGGCAAUCGACUUAUCUCGUCGAGUUAUUAAGAUCAUACCUCAAGAUCAUCCGGAUCUCCCAGGAACUCUGAAUGAACUUGGACAGGGGCUAAAGAGAAAAUUUGAACGAUUGGGGAAACGACAAGACAUAGAAGAGUCAAAUCAGGUAUCUAGGAGGGCGGUAGCAACCACACUGCUAGACGAUAAUACCAAUCUCGCAGCUCGCCUAAAUGACCUGGGAACUUUACUUCUCGCCCGAUAUGAUCACUGGGGAAGGAUACAGGAUUUAGAGGAAUCCCUAAAAAUGUCUCGUCAGGCAAUUGAUAUCACACCUUUGGACCACCCCAAUCUUGGCUCUUGGUUGAUUAACCUAGGAAGUGGGCUUAGGGCCCGGUUUCAGCAUACAGGGAGACUAGAAGACCUCGAAGAGGCGAUCCAGGUGUCUCAAAGGGCAAUUCAAACCACACCCCAUGAUCAUCCUAAGAUCGCAAUCUUCAUGAAUGACCUGGGAAAUAAUUUUCAGAGUCGAUAUUCACGCACAAGAAAUAUUGAUGAUCUGGAAGAGGCAAUUCGCCUUUCUCGAAGCGCAAUAGCUGUCAAGCCCACACCUGAAACCCAUACCGAGUCUGCACUUCAGCUGAAUAAUUUGGGAAUCAAGCUUGGAACGCGGUAUCAACAUACAGGAAUGAUAGGGGACCUAGAAGAGGCUAUCUGCCUCUUCCGCCGAGCAGUUCAUAUCACACAAGACCAUCAAAAUCUUGCAAUUUGGUUAGAAAACUUGGCGUCUAGCCUUUCGAUCCGAUAUCAAUACACACACAAGAUAGAAGACUUAGAAGAGUCGAUCCAGCUCUCUAGCCGGGCAAUUCAGAUCACGCCGAACGACCAUCCCAGUCUCGCUGCUCGGUUAUACAACUUAGGCAUCAGCCUUUCAAGCAGAUAUGAACAAACAUCCAAAAUGGAAGACCUAGAAAAGUCGAUUGAAGUCUCUCGCCAUGCAGUCGAGAUCACGUCAGCCCCUCCUUUAACACGAAUUCGGGCUGCCUCUCAUGCCUUGAAGGUGCUUCACAAGAGAGGAGACUACGACAGCGCUUAUACAGUAUCUAAAGAGGCUAUCGGUUUACUUUCUCUCUUACAUAAUAGAUCACUGGACCUCCAAGAUCAACAAUACAUUCUCUCGCUUUUCUCCGGCUUGGCUACCCAUGCCUGCUCUCUAUCAAUUCAAACAGGAAAGCCCCCUGCUAAGGCUUUGGAACAUUUGGAGCAAGGACGUGGAGUUAUCCUAGGUCUUCUUAUGGAUGAUAGGGGUGACACAUCUGAGUUAAAGGCGGCAAAUCCCGCUUUGUGUGCACAGUAUGAGCGGCUCCGAUUCGAAAUCAAUGCUCCUGUCGAUAUCAUCGAGCCUCCAAACAGGAUGGAGUCAUCAUCUGAAAAACGAGAAAAGAUCUUCAGGGAGCUCGAAGAAUGCAUCCAUGACAUCCGACAACUUCCAGAGUUUAGCUCAUUCCACAGAGGUCCUACUGCGGAGCAAAUGAAAAUCAUAUCUCAUGAAGGCAACAUCAUCAUUGUGAAUGUCACUACCAUACGAAGCGAUGCUAUUGUUAUUUCUUCUGAUGGCUUUAGCUUCGUCUCUCUGCCCUGCAUGAUUGCGAGCCAGGCACAAAGCUGGGUCAAUGAGAAUUUUGAUGCGGCUUUACAAAAUGAACGUGGCAAGAAGAACAAAGCCUACCUCAAGUUCCUAGGCUGGCUUUGGAACGGGUGUGUAAAACCUAUUCUCAUUGAGCUAGAUCAUAAUGCUCAGCCGUCUCCGGAAAAUCUCCCAAGAGUCUGGUGGAUUGGGACUGGACUUGCUAGCUCAUUCCCAUUUCAUGCUGCACGGGAUACCAAUGCGGGUCCAUCUGAGAAUACAUUUUCCCGCGUUCUAUCUUCCUAUACCCCUUCUAUCAAGGCUCUUAUGUACGCCAGGGGGCGUAUUCCCCCAAGCGAUUUGUCUAACAAAGUUCCCUCCAAGCUACUUAUGGUGACUAUGGCGAAGACUCCAGGUGCUUGCGAAUUAGAUGGGGUGAAGGACGAGACAUCUGCGAUAGAAAGAACCCUAAAAGGUUUGGCUCAAAUCAAUGCUCUAGAUCAACCGGAUGCUGCAACUGUUUUACGUCAAAUUCAUCAUUGUGACAUUGCCCAUUUUGCCUGCCAUGGAAUAUCCGACAUGAUAGAUCCCUCUCAAAGUGGUCUUUUAUUGAACACAGCGACCGUCAAGCCAAAGCAGGAUCUCCUCACUGUUCGUGCAUUAUGCAAGCAUAACUAUCAACAGGCGAGGAUUGCGUACCUUUCUGCUUGUUCCACAGCAGAAAACCGAGCAGAGGGCUUAGUAGACGAGGUGCUUCAUGUCGUGAGUGGCUUCCAGAUUGCCGGAUUUAGGCAUGUGAUUGGCUGCUUAUGGCCAGCUGAUGAUGGUGUGUGCGUGGAAGUUGCGAGGUCAUUCUAUGCGGAACUCUGUAAAAGUGGCACUUUGGAUUACACCGAUAGAGCUGUCUGUAUGGCAUUGCAUAAAGCGGUUUCGGAAAUUUCGAUGAGUGUUGAGUAUGCGAAAAGGCCUUUGCACUGGGCGCCCUAUAUCCACUGUGGCGCUUAA